AUGGCUACUAUCCAACUUGCCCGCCCGACAAUCCGCCAUUUCUCAGUCCACCGCUCUCAGGCAAGCACUCGCACAUCGCGCUUUGUAGCCACAUCAUGUCUCGUCUCUGCCGUCGUGCUUCCCUUCGUCCCUCCGGCCCUUGAGAGCUCGCGCGAGAGGAACCUAGGCUAUCCCAACCACAGCAAACCGCUCCCUCCCCUUUGUUUCCAUGCUCGUUGAUGUCAUACAACAACUUUGUCCGAAUCGUCGAUCGGGUACCUCAACCACGCUUUCCAACCGAUCCUAAUAACAAAUAACUACGAUCUUUAUAUUACUUCCUGUUUUACGACGACUGUCUUGGGUUUUCCAUAGGGCGUUCGGGUGCAACAUAUCCAUUGUGACGAUUUGCGCUUUGAGCUGGGCGACAUGCGUCUUCGUCAAUCAGAAUCGGUGUUCGGCGUGACUGGUUA